CUUAUAAAACAAAAAAAAAACAAAUAUGAAUGUCUAUCUAAACAGUUGAUUGAGAGCGCCAUCAAGUGAAAUAAUAUUAAAACCUUCUGCGUAAAACGCUCUCUGCCGUUUAUCUUUGUCAGAGCGAUCUUAGGGGUAACCGGCGCUUUCUCUAUCAAAAGAUGCCAAUGCUGUCGCGUAGAUGGCGUUAUUCUUAAAACUGAGCCGAGCUGUUCGUAAAAAUAAUAAAUAUUCGUAAAUAUUCAGUUGUUUCGUAAAAAAUAUAUUUUGAUGUUUGUUAAUGAAACAUAUUAAAGACCAAACACAACGAAUAUAUUUUGUAAAUAUGUUUUAUUCGAUAAUUAACAAAAAAUGUAUUGUUUUGAACUAUACACGAUCGAUUUAUUCUAAAUUUAGUAUGGCUUUACUCUUAAAUAAAAAGCAACAUAUUGGCAACAAACUUACUGUUAAAUGUGGACAAGACUCGCUGCAUUAUUACCAGAAAACUAACUUCUGCUCAGUAAUUUCGCCUCAUCUACUAUAUUUGUUUCAGUUCUGGUGUAUUGCAUUUGUUACUUAGGUAUUUUCGUUAUUAAGCGGCGUUUUUGUACAUUGUGUAUAAAUUGUAGACUACGCACAUAACCACGAUAUGUAUAAACUAUCAGGACCUUAAAGUAUAGAAUCUUCUCUGAUACUUUUUAACAUUAAAUUGAAGGGUAAUGAUUUUUCACAAGUACAUUCCUUUACCUCGUUAAUCUCUUCCUAAAUAGAUGUUCCUAUUAUAGUAAGCAAUGUUGCUUAAACUUGUUCUUGUUUUCUAUAAACUGCCGUAGUUUAUGAGCAAUCUGAUAAACAAUUAAUUGUCCACCAACUGACCACAGUAAUAAUGGUCCGAUUCAUUUAUGAAGGUACCGUCAUAAGUUUGGAGCAAAUUUCAAACAAUCAACGCGGAAAGCGGCGAAGUAAGCCAAAACAAAAGACGACGUCCAAAACAAUCAGUCUUUACUCGAUAACCACUGAGCCUGGAUCGUUAUUUGAUACCUGAAAGUAAAUGAGUAACUAGAUACCUCCAUCAUAUUUUCUUGGGAAUAAGUAUUUAGAAAGAUAUUUGUUGAUAAGGGAAGAAAUGUCAAGUGCGUUACGGUGACGUGGAAUGCGGCAUAAACGUAAACAUGAAUAAGUUUAUACUUUGUGCUGUGCUGGCUUUCUACGCUGCAUCUACUGUGCAGUCUGGAGACUUCCAGGAGAACUUAGUAAAUGGCUACCGAGCGCUUAUCGCAGACAUUCAGAUGCGAACACAAAAGUCAAGAGAAGAUAUGGAUACGCUGGUGUCGCAAAUAAAACUACUCAUGAAGAACGAAGCCGACAAGGCGAUCAACUACAUGACUGUUUAUUUGGAACAAAUAUCGUUGUAUUUUCAAGUAAUCAUACACGAUCGGAAACCUCGGAACGGCACAUAUUGUAAAGAAACUAUCGUCAAGCUACUGGGAGAAAAUCUACAACUUGCCGAUGAAAAUGUCACAUUAUGCCUCGCUCUAGGUUACCAGCGAGUCCAGCGGUUACCAGAAAAACUACAAGUACACUUUGAAACGUUAGAAAACUUAAAAAAAUAUUCGGCAUCGAAAUUAUUUGAGUGCCAGAAGCAACAACAAGUUGGUGGCAACUGUUCCCAUGAGAGCCAAGAUCUGGAGCGGACUGUGUUCCUCUACGAAACAUCGCCGUUUCCGGUAGUGAUGGCGGAGAUAGGCAUACACGGCUUCAAAGAGGUAUCGGAUCUGAGUGUUUGCCUGAAAGACAUAAUCUCCCGGAUGAUGACGCACUCGGUUAAGGUGAUCGGCGACUUCAAUAGGUGCAUCCACAACAUAGAAAUGCCGAAACUGAAGUACUUAUUAAAAUUCAUGAAAAAAUAUGCUUAAAAGGUAAAAUAUGUAGAUUAGCUUUAGUAGUACGAAUAUGAUGCUUGAUAACAGAAAAACAGAAAUAAGAAAAUUUCUGCUUAUGUACAUUAUAAGUGAUGAUUGCCGUUUAAGCGCAAAUACCGCUCAUUUCAUUUAUGAUAUUCAACCUAACGGAAUCUAACUAUAAUCUUUAAGCGACGGAAAUGAAUCCAAUUUUACAAAAAGCUUUGUAAUAGAAAAUAAGAAACUGCUGCAAUAUCUAUAUGAUGAGGGAUUCAAGUGUCCGUCCCUAAAAUCUAUCAAAAGGGCAAAGGGAAAUUGGAUAUGAUUGUUGUGUACGAGUACAAAUUGAAUGAACUAACUGUCAAACAAGUUGUAUGUUGGAUUAUUUUGAACCUUGUUACAUUAAAUACGGAAUUUACAAGA